AUGACUGACUCCAACAGAUCAGUUUACACGAACAAGGUACUACCGGAGGAGACUGGUGAUCUUGAGAAGUGCGGCUCCGAUAGUGUCGACUCCAAGGAUGAGGCCGCAGAAGAUGAGAGCGAUUUUCCCAGCGGCGUGGCCUUAUGGUCUAUCCUAGGUCCUGUUACAAUCGCCUACUUUCUCGUCUUCCUCGACAUGUGCGUCGUGUCUACCGCAACCCCCGCUAUCACAGAGCGAUUCAACUCUCUAGUUGACGUCGGCUGGUAUGGUGGCGCGUACCAGCUCGGCAGCUCCGCCCUCCAGCCUCUCACUGGCAAGAUCUACAGCCACUUUAACAUCAAGUGGUCCUUCCUCGCCUUCUUCUUUCUCUUCGAGCUCGGAUCUGCCAUUUGUGGAGCGGCCGUAUCAUCGCCCAUGUUCAUUGUCGGCAGAGCCAUUGCCGGUGCUGGCUCGUCGGGUAUUGGAAACGGCGCCAUGACCAUCAUCUCAGUUAUAUUGCCGCGCAGGAAGCAAGCACAGUUUCUGGGCAUGAACAUGGGCAUCGGCCAGCUCGGUAUCGCCCUGGGCCCCAUCCUUGGCGGUGCAUUCACCCAAAAUAUUACGUGGCGUUGGUGCUUUUACAUCAACCUUCCCAUUGGCGGCGCUCUGGCCAUUCUGCUGUUCCUCUUCAAGAUCCCCGAGCCCACCACCAAACUGGCCCCCAGGCAAGUCCUCAGCACCGCCAUCAAGUCUCUGGACCUUCCAGGCUUUAUGCUCGUUAGUCCCGCUGCUGUCAUGUUUUUGCUUGCAUUGCAAUACGGCGGUACCAUGCACCCGUGGAAUAGCCCCGUAGUUAUCGGCCUUCUUGUUGGCGCCGCCGUCACCUUUAUCCUCUUCCUUGUCUGGGAAUACCAACAGGGGGACGGCGCCAUGGUACCGUUUGCCAUGAUCAGAAAGCGCACUGUGUGGUCUGCUGCCGGUAACUUGUUCUUCCUUCUCGGUGCUAUUUUGGUGGCCGAGUACUACCUCGCCAUUUACUUCCAAAUCGUGCUCAAUAACAGCCCUAUCAUGAGCGGUGUGCAUAUGCUGCCAGCGACUUUAGGCUUGGUGCUUUUCACUAUGCUCUCGGGAAUGAUGACCGAGAUCUUAGGGUAUUACCUGCCCUGGAAUCUGGGAGGAAGCGCCAUGACCGCCAUUGGCUAUGGCCUUAUGUCUAUGAUUAAGCCCACGACUUCGUCCUCAAAAUGGCUUGGGUACCAAGUCCUCUAUGGUGUUGGUAGCGGUGCUAUGACCUCGGCGCCUUAUAUAGCUAUCCAAAAUCUUGUCCCCCCUCCACAGAUCCCUAUUGCCAUGGCUAUUAUCAUCUUUUGUCAAAACAUGGGCGGUGCCGUCUUCCUCAUUGCUGCCAAUUCCGUCUUUACCAAUGGGCUACGCAAGGAGCUCCAGAAGCACAUCGGCGAGAUUGGCGUCAACCCGGACGUCCUCCUUAGUACUGGACUUAGUUCAAUCCGAAGCUUUGUCUUGGGAGAUAAGCUCACAGCCGCGCUCAAGUGCUACACCACGGCAAUUAGCCAUGUCAUGUAUCUCGGUAUAGGAGUCAGUGUAGCCACGUUUGUUUUUGGCUGGGGCCUCGGCUGGGUUGAUAUCCGGAAAGUGAAGCAACUGCAGGCUAUUAAGGGAAAUCCUGCCUCGACCGCGCCGAACACCAAGGAGGGCAUGGACUCCACUGAAGAGUCGACCAUAGCCUAA